ACCCCCCCUCGCCCUCGCCCUCGCCCUCGCGCCUCGUCAGCCUGCCGCCUCGAAGCAUGCUGGGCAGCAUGCCGCAGACACGCUCCGCCAAAGCCAUCCUGAGCCACCAAGAGCGCACCGCCCACGAGCCCCGCGACAAGGACCUGCACACGGCCACGCUCGCCCGAGUGACGCACGUCAACGGGCGCAUCAAGCGCUACAGAUUCGACAUCAAGGACAAGAACGGCUUCAACUUCCUCCCUGGCCAAUGGCUCGACGUCUUUGUGCCCGGCGUCGACAAGGCGGGCGGCUUCACCAUCACGUCGUCGCCCUCGGAGGCCCUGCCGCGCUCCGACCCCGACCACACGCCCUACUUUGAGCUGGCGGUGCAGAAGAGCCCCGCCAACCCCGCCGCCGCCUGGCUGUGGCGGCCCGCCGAGGACAUUGUGGGCCAAGACGUCUCGGUGCGCGUCGGCGGCAGCUUCGUGUGGCCGCCGCCGUGCCUGGACAUGAAGAAGAUUAAGCGCGCCAUCUUCAUUGCCGGCGGCGUCGGCAUCAACCCCAUGAUGUCCAUGAUGACGUACAUCAACCAGAACUACCCCAACCUCGAGGUGCGCUUCCUCUACUCGACAAGGGUGCCGUCGCGCGAAACCGACCCCAGCGAAGUGCUCUUCCUGCAAGAAGUGCUCGACCUCUUCCGCAUACCGCGCUUCAAGGUGACCAAGGACCGCCUCGAGCUCUUCUUCACGGGCACCUGGGACGGCUCGGAAAUGGGCACCACCGAGGGCGACCUCAUACACCCGCUCAUGUCGCUGACGCUGCCGCAAAUCGACUCGGCGACCGAGGUGCCCGUGUGUGCGUGGACGCACCGCAUCGACGACAUUGCCCUGUCGAGCGCCGUGGGCAACCGCAAGGAGGCGCAGUCGACCGUGUUUUACGUGUGCGGGCCGCCGGCCAUGGCCGACGACAUGGUCAAGUUUAUCAAGGAGCAGGAGAAUGUGGCGCCGCAGCGGGUGCUGUGCGAGAAGUGGUGGUAGUGUGGACUGACGGUAGACUGACGGUAGACUGACGGAGACUGACGGUAGACUGAAGCGGGCGCGCGAGAGCGGCAGUAACAGCACAAGAUAUCGGGAGGACAGGCGACGAGGACGGCAAAUUGGACACUGGCAGUUUGUUUGGUCGCAAGCGCUAUUGUAUGUACCAUGCUCACACGAUUAACUCUAUUUUACGCGCCCACAAAGGCCGCAAAAUGCACUCGGCUCGUGAUGGUCGGGCA